AUGCCGUCUUCUCUCUCGUCCAAGUCCUCUAACGAGGCCAAGGCUGAGAAGGCCGCCGUCGGCAACGCCAACGAGCACGGCGCCCGCGUCAGCCACCAACCCGCUCUGCUCGUCAACGAGGAUGACGCCAUGUUGGCUUCCCGUAUGGGUCACAAGUCCGAGUUUGCGCGAGAGUUCAAGAGUUUCUCCACCAUCUCGUACGCCUUUGCCAUCAUGGGUCUCGUCUCGUCCGUCGCCACCACCUUCAACAGCCCCUUCACCCUCGGUGGUCCCGCUGCCACUGUCUGGACCUGGUUCAUCGGUUCGUGCUUCAACAUGACGCUCGGUCUUGCCAUCGCCGAGCUUGUCUCGGCUUACCCUUCCGCCGGUGGUCUCUAUUCGGCUUCCGGUCUCCUCGUCCCCCGCAAUCAGCGUGCCUUUGUCGCUUGGCUCACCGGUUGGCUCAACUUCACGGGCCAGAUCGCCGGUAUUGCUGGUACCGAGUACGGUCUCUCGCAGAUGAUCUUUGCCUGGGCCUUUGUCAUCACCGAUGGUCGCUUUGUCGCCACCACGGCCCAGACCGUGGGUCUCUACAUUGGUCUGCUUGCCAUCCACGGUCUCAUCAACUGCUUCGGUAUCAAGACGCUCGCCCGUCUCACCUCGUCGUACGUGAUCGUCAACCUCGGCAUCACCUUCAUCAUCAUCAUUGUCGUGCUCGCCAGGACGCCCUUGGACCAGAUGCAGUCCGCCUCGUACACCUUCACUGAGGUCGUUAACGGCAGUGGCUGGAGCAGCAACGGCCUUGCCUUCUUCUUCGGUCUGUACUGCGUGCAGUUCGUCAUGACCGACUACGAUGCUACUGCCCACAUUUCCGAGGAGGUCUCGCGCGCUGCCAUUGCUGCCCCUGUCGCCAUCGUCGUUGCCGUUGCUGGUACCGGUGCCGUCGGCUGGGUGCUCAACAUUGUCAUGGUUCUCGUCUCUGGUGACGUUGCCUCGACUGAGAUCUCGACCUGGCCCGGUGGACUGGCCUUCGCCCAGAUUCUCUACCUGCGAGCCGGCAAGAUUGGCUUCCUGGUCAUCUGGCCCUUCGUCUGCUCGGUUGCCUUCUUCGUCGUCACCACCGCCCUCCAGGCCAACGCCCGUUCGUUCUACGCCUUCUCGCGAGACAAUGCCCUGCCCGACCGUGGAUUCUUUGCUCGCGUCAACAAGCGCACAGGUACCACUGUCAACGCCGUCUGGCUCGUUGUCAUCCCCUGCAUGGCCCUCGGCUGCCUUGCUUUCGCCUCGUACACUGCCGUGACUGCCAUCUUCGCUUUGGCUGCGCUCGGCAUGGACAGCUCGUACCUGGUUCCCAUCGUGGCCCGCUGGAUCUACUGGGACCACCCUGACGUUCAGUACAAGCCUGGACCGUUCUCGCUCGGUCGCGGUAUCCUGGGCAAGACGAUCAACACGAUCGCCGUCUUCUGGACCAUGUUCGAGUGCAUCAUCCUGGCCAUCCCGACGGUACAGCCCAUCACGCAGUUCAACUUCAACUACUCCUGGGUCAUCAUGGUGGGCGUUCUGCUGAUUGCUACCGUCUGGUUCGUCGUCUACGCGCACAAGCACUACCAGGGCCCGCGCAGCACGCUCUCGCAGGAGCAGAAGGAGCAGCUCGGCGUCAUUUCGCGCGACGAGGAGGGCCUCUCGCACUAA